AUGAAGGUUACAUAUGACUUUGCCGAAACAAAGGACACCGCAAUAGUGUUUGUAUAUAAACCCUCUGCAGAAAACAUGCAUAUAGACCCUGUGCUUGAGGGCCCUAGAAGACUCAGACUAUCCGAGAAUAUCUCUAUAGACCUUUAUGGAGAUGUUUAUCCCGAAAUCAAAAUUAACGAGUCGAAGUUAAGAAUGGAAAUUCACCUAAGAAAGGUAGAGGCAAUAAGAUGGGGAGGUAUCAGAGGAAGGCCGAUCGAAGAGCCUCAAGACAGCAAUAAAGAAAGUGUAAUAGAAGAUUCCGAGGACGAAGAGAAUACUUCUGUAAUGGACCUGUUCAGAAAGAUUUAUCAACGAUCUGGAGAGGAUGUCCGAAGAGCGAUGGAGAAGUCUUUCUAUGAGUCUGAAGGAACUGUUUUGAGUACAGAUUGGGACCAAGUCAAAUCAAAGAAGAUUACCCGGGAAGAUUAA